UCACCGUCGCACCCUUGCGACACCGCGAACUUCCGGGGAAGGUUGCGGUCCGCGUAGGCGAGGCAGGAAGUUCACCCUCCCCCCCUCCUCAGCUCAGAUUGGUUCCGGUGGCGGACGCCAGCGGGCGCGCGGGGUCACAGAGGGCUCCGCGGUGGCUUUGGGGGAGCAUCUGCGGAGCCCGGCGUCGGAAUCGAGGCUGUGCCGCGCUCGCCUCGUUUGCUCUCACGUCUCUCCGGGUCUUGGUGGGAAACACUGCUCUGCUCUUAACUGGCCAUGUUACUGCUGGAAGAGACAGUAGGGUCUGAUUGGGGCUUCAGUACUGGGUUAUCAAAAGCGUUCAAACACCCCCCGUUUGUAAGACGUGAAUAGGAAUGCCCGCCCUUAGUUUGGUGAGGACCUAGUGAGAUCUCACGUAAAAAAAGAGCUCAGAGGAAUUGAAACGUGGCUGGUCCCUGCGGCGGUGCUUUAGUCCUGUUCUGCUGCAGUGUUUGCAGAUUCCAGUGAUCUUGGGAUCACGGUGAUCCGGGAGCCACGCCGACGUUUCUCUCACUGGUCAAAGUGAUCAGCUACUCCUCCCAGCAGUACACGUGUGAAUCUAGCAGAACCUUCUGACUCCUUGCUCCUGCCCUUUGACUGUAUCCUGUAUCCCUUUCUUUUCUCUAGCCCACUUAGUGCACCUGGGGGCCCCCACGGUGAAAACAUUUCGGCAAGCUUUGGCACGCCCGCGUAGUGCUGUGGAUCCGCUGGCUUCGGCCGUGCACGCCCAUGUAGGAGAUGACAAUCAAUAGAAGUGCCGUUCUAAUAAUGAUGAUGAUAUCAACUCCUGGGGGUCUUCUGAGGACCGUAUUCAUUAAAGGGCUUAUGCGAUGCCUGGUACAUCAGCGCACUCAAUGAGUUAUAGCUAUAGAAUCAUCAUGAUUAUACAGGUAAGAGGUAGGGUAUGGCGAAAGUGCUGGUAUUUAUCUAAGAGGUGGGCCUCAUCCCUAACACCUCAAAGAUGUUCGGGACCCAUUAAAGGUUUUGACAUGGAAGAUUCUUUUAAAAAAAAUGACAAAACCCUUUUCCCAAAGUCAUCAGAGAGAUGUCCUAACAGUAGAGAGCUGCUUCCAAGAAACGGCUUGAAGUGCCAUUAUCAAGUGGGGACGGGGGCUCUAGGGGAUUUUGGGGUCAGCAAAUAUCAAGUGAGCAACCUCACAGAGUUGUGGCGGGGAUUUCCCACAAGGCCCCGCCCCCGGCUGAGUCACCAAACUCUUGGGUUUGACCUGGCAGCUCUCCUCAAGAGUCAGAACCUCGCAGCUCUGAAAGAUCAAGGAGUGGAAAGUUCUUCACCAGCCCUGAGAUCUCAAGAGUGGUAUUUGCGAAACCAGCUACUUUGACUAAAAUCCUUCUGCAAUCUGCCUUGCUUGUAUCCCAUCUAUGCAAGAUUUCAUCAUGGGCAGUGGCUAUUACAACAUAUUGGCUACCAUGUUGUUGGUCAUGAAUUUUGAGAGGACGAGACCAAUGCAGGAUUCUUGUAGCAAAUGCCCAGCAGGUACUUUCUGUGAGAAAAACAAGGAUCACAUCUGCAUUGCUUGCCCUUCAAAUAGUUUCUCCAGCACCAGUGGACAGAGGGCCUGUGACAUAUGCAGGCAGUGUGAAGGUGUUUUCAGGACCAAGAAAACGUGUUCCCCCACCAGCAAUGCAGAGUGUGAGUGCAUCUCAGGAUUCCACUGCUUGGGGGAAAGAUGUACCAUGUGUGAGCAGGAUUGUAAACAAGGUCAAGAAUUAACCAAAGAAGGUUGUAAAGACUGCUGCUUUGGGACAUUUAAUGAUCAGAAACAUGGGACCUGUCGACCCUGGACAAACUGUUCGUUGGAUGGCAAGUCUGUACUUGUGAACGGGACGAAGGAACGUGAUGUGCUAUGCGGACCAGCUUCGUCCGACUUCUUUCCACGUACAACCUCUGCCACCAUACCCGCCCCUGCAAGAGAUCCAGGUCCUACCUCCCAGAUCCUCGUCGUCUUCCUUGCGCUGAUGUCAGCUGCCGUGCUGUUCCUGGUGUUCUUUCUGGCACUCCGUUUCUCUAUUGUUAAACACAGCAGAAAGAAACUCCUGUAUUUAUUCAAACGACGUGUACGGGACGUGGUAAAGACAGUACAGAAAAGUCUCGCGUGCCAUUCAUGGGGUUGCAUCGUCCAUAACCGUAGCACAAUAUCCGAACCGGGCAGUUGACAUUGGCGUGUCAUGGGUGCACAGCUGUCUGUCACCUGAUCACACGCGUGGACUGGCAUAAACUCUGGCACAAUCAAUACAGAACUGUCCCCUCCCCGCGAGGAUCCCCAUCCUGCAGGUCCCCUGUGGUCACAUCCGCUUCCUCCCCCCGCCCCAACUCCUGGCAGUCACGAGUCUAUUUCCUACACCCGACACUCUAAGAAGGUGAUAUAGAUAGAAGCAUGCAAUAUAAUAAAUGGAUUAUAAGCGUGUGACCUUUUAAGAAUGGAUUUUUUUCACUCAGGUCGAUGUCCCUGAGAUCCCGGUAUAAUGUGCUUCCACAGUGGCCUUUUUCUUGUUUUUCCUUUACCAUCGACCAGCAUUCCGUGGCAUCAUCGAACCUCGGUUUGUUUGACCAUUCACCUACUGAGACACAUUUUGGUCUUUCCAGUUUCUCACUAUUGCAUGUAAAGUCUUUGUGAGUAAUCGCGCACGAGUUUCACGUGGACUUACAUUUUCGUAUCUCUGGCAUAAAUGCCCGGGAGGGCAAUUUCUGGGUCAUAUGGUAGGUGUAUGUUUGUUGUUUGAAGAAACUGCUCAACUAUUUUCCGGAGGAGUCGUGCCCUUCGACAUUGCACCAGCGGUGUGAGUGAUCACAUCUCCUCAUCCUUCCCAGCAUUUCGUGCAGCCACGGUGUCUUACGCGGCUUUUCGAAGAGGCCUGCGGUGGUGGAUUACUUUGGUCUUCAGUUGCCUUGCCCCAGGGAGCGAACAAACAUCUUUUCAUGUACUGACUUUCCAUCUGUGCGUUUUCCUCAGUGAAAUGUUCCUUCAUGCCUUUGGUCUGCUUUCCGAUUGGACUUUUGUUUGCCUGUCUUACUGUUGACAUUUGAGAGUUCUUCAUAUCUUCUAGAUGAGUCCUUCGUCAGGCGUGUGGUUUCAUUGUUUGGCCCCACUCUGCAGCGCGCCUUUUCUUCCUCUUCCCAGGGUCUUCUGCAGAGAAAAAGGUUUUACUUUACUUUUAUUUUUUUAAAGAUUUUAUUUUUAAGUCAUCGCGACACCCAACGUGGGACCCCAACUCACAACCCUGAGGUCAAGAGUUGCGUGCUCCACCGACCGAGCCAGCCAGGUGCCCCUAGAGAGAAAGCUUUUAAUUU